AACUCGAACUUUAUGGAGGAUGAAACAUUUUUUUUUUCUUUUGGUUGGAAAAGAAACGAUUUUUGUGGAAAUGGAGUAAGCACAGAUUAAAUCCCCGUCUGAAAAAGAAGAGCUUUCUCGAUAACUAUGGAGGGACCGGAGCCACUGGUAAACUUUCUUCGAACCAUGACGGAGUUCCCUAUAUCCGAGCUCGUUUGAGUUCACAGACUCAAUUUCCAUGGCUGUCGUCUACCUUCUCUCCAUCCUCCUCCUCCUCGUCACCCUCUCUCUCCUCCUCCUCUUAGCCCUUAUCGUACGGCCUCGUCCCGUCAGAAUCCCGAUCAAGUCCCGCCACGUCUUCAUCACCGGUGGCUCCAGCGGCAUUGGUCGCGCCCUCGCCGGUCGCGCUGCCGCCGAGGGAGCUCGCGUCUCCAUCCUAGCUCGCUCCCCCGACAAGCUCGAAGAGGCCAAGCGAUCGAUCCAGCUCGCUACCGGCGUCGAGGCCGCUACGUUCGCCGCCGAUGUGCGCGAUUACGACGCCGUCUCGAAGGCGGUGAGGGAAUCAGGGCCGAUCGAUGUGUUGGUGGUCAAUCAGGGCGUGUUCGUGGCGGAGGAGCUGGAGAAGCAGAGCCUGGACGAGGUCAAGUUCAUGAUUGACGUGAACCUGUUGGGGAGCUUCAACGUGAUUAAGGCCGCUUUGCCAUCCAUGAAAGCCAGGGAAGGUCGUGGCCCUGCCUCCAUCGCUCUCAUGUCUUCUCAAGCCGGCCAGGUGGGUAUCUAUGGUUACACUGCGUAUUCAGCGAGCAAGUUUGGGCUUCAGGGUUUAGCUCAAGCGCUGCAGCAAGAGGUUAUUGCUGACAAUAUUCACGUCUCUCUUGUUUUUCCUCCUGACACAGAAACUCCUGGGUUUGAGGAAGAGCAGAAGACCAGGCCGCAACUCACUAACAUAAUAGCUGCAUCCUCUGGUGCAAUGCGACCCGAAGAAGUUGCCAAGAUAACUCUGGAAGGCAUCAAAGCGGGAAAAUUUUCGGUCUCGUGCAAUUUUGAGGGUUUCUUACUAUCAACUGCGACUGCAGGCUUGUCCCCUCAGAGGUCGUUUUUUACCGCCUUCUUUGAAGUGAUGACUGCGGGAUUGAUCAGACUCGCCGCUCUGUUUUUCCAGUGGGAUUGGUACAGAGCCAUAGAAAAGUGGAACAGAACCAGAACCAAGUAGCAAGUACCUCUCUACCCCCCCCCCUCUUUCUCUCUGGCAUAUAUGUGCAGAGAUCUUUUAUACUGGUUACCACUUACCGAUGGUAUUUUCUUCUGACUGUCGUGACCCGACAGAGUUUCGUAGAUGAAACUGAAGAGACUCUGAUCGGUAAGGAACCCUUCUUGAAAAAGAUAGAAGCUUCCGUAGAUUCUGCCCCGUUGUCUGCGAUGAUGAUGAUGAUUGUCUCUUUCUUUAGUUCUAUACGAGAUUCCGGAUUCUAUGGAGGAAUCAAAGAUGAUGAAUCAUAUGUGUGGGACAUUCUUGUGAUUAGGACAAGUGGUGGAUCAUUUGGAGAUUUAUAGACUUAGAAGUUCCUCUGUUUAUCCUUAAAAGUUAAAACAUGAGAACACGAUAACGACCUUGUCGGAUAUGUUCAAGUUUCAUCCUUUUUUCUGGAUUCGAAUCGAACAGCUUUUGAGGAUUUUAGUUUCUGGGUGUUGGAGAAAAUGGAUUUCGUCUUUCGAUGGUUUCGUCUCUGGAUGAUGAUCACUUGGUUGAUUUGUUGUUUUUCUGAGCCUGAGCCUCUUCAAAUUGGUU